CAUACACUUUGUGAUAUAUGUAUUAUAGAACUAAGAGAUAAGUAAUUCUGAGUAUUAGUUCUUAGAGAUAAAAAUGAACUUCAUAACUACUGUGUUGGUACUGUCUCUCCGUGUUACAAACACAAAAUCAGUGGCUGUUGGUUUCUCUUCACUUUUAAAUCUGGAGCGUCCGAUUGCUACUGGCGAGAGAAUCAUUUUUGACAAAGUUCUCACUAACGUUGGAAACGGUUAUGACCCUAAGUCUGGAAACUUUACCUGCCCAAUACGAGGACUUUAUUCUUUCAGUGUGGGCGUGUUACCUAUGCCAAAUAACCUUGUAAUAGUGGAUAUUUAUCAAAAUAAAAACUACUUAAUUUCAGUUCACGGAAACGAUAAUGCCGUGUUUACCUCUGCAAGUAGAACAGUUGUCAUUAAGUGUAACAAAGGCGACAAAAUAUAUCUUGUAAAUAAUCGAGCUCCAUAUCAGAUAUAUGCUACCUUGGAUUUAACUUAUCAACAUAACAUCUUCAGCGGGUUUCUAAUUAGCCCAAUGCUCUAGUCAUACGAGAGCUGACGGGAUCAAGUGUUUGGAAUAUUAAUGAUUCUAUACUGACAUUAAAUCUAAAAAAAUGUUUGGUCAAUAUUGUCAAAUGUUCCAUAUCUAAACAUGUUUAGUGAUAAUACUUUCUUUAAAAAAUAUCUAUUUGAAAUAUUUUCAGACAUUAGUAUCAUUUAAAAGAUUUAAGACUAUUAAGAAAAUAAAUUAAUA